UUCCUACGCCAUUUUGCAAACCACGAAUAACUCUUCGAUACACCUUUACGAACACAUGUGGACGCGAAGAUGAGGUUAUCCCUACCAGCCCAGCUGCUCACUGCGCUGUGUAUCUUCAGCAGCAAUCCGACCGCACCACCCGUAGCAUCAGCCUUAGACCUCGAUCCCACACAGCCUUGUAAAUGCGCCCAACUCUCCUUCCCCACAUCCUUCUGAAAAGAGAAAGAAAAGACAAGAAACCUCGACCCCAUCCCCUCUUUCAAAAUCAAACGUCAAUAACAUACACGUCCAAGUCGCUGACACUUCCCCCCCAAAGCAAACGUCCGAGAUGUCGCAAAGAAGGUCGCCGGCGAGCUCGUCUCCAUGUACGCGACCAUCGACUCCGACGGCAGCGUCCACCCACUCAGCGGCAUCCCAGGCCUGUUGACGUACCCGCCGUACUACUGGUGGGAGGCGGGGGCCAUGUUCGGCCAGCUGAUCGACUACUGGUACUACACGAACGACUCGACGUACAACGACAUGGUGAGGGAUGGACUGCUGCAUCAGAUUGGGGACUCGGCGAAUCUUAUGCCCGCCAACCAAAGCAAGGACGAAGGCAACGACGACCAGCUCUUCUGGGCCUUCUCCGUCAUGUCCGCCGUCGAACUCAACUUCCCGAACCCUCCCGACGACAAGCCCGGAUGGCUCGCGGUCGCCCAGUCCGUCAUGAACCAGCUGAUCGGACGGUACCAGAUCGAGGAGGAAGGCGACGUGUGCGGUGGGGGUUUGCGCUGGCAGAUCUACCAAUGGCUCGGGGGAUACAAUUACAAGAACACAGCCGCGAACGGAGGCAUGUUCCAGUUGGGCGCGAGGUUGGCCAAGUACACAGGCAACGCGACAUACGCCGAGUGGGCGGAGAAGGCGUUCGACUGGAUGGCGAAGUCGCCGCUCAUGACGAGCGACUGGAAGGUGUACGACGGGACGGACGUGCUGAAGGGGUGUCAAUCGGCGGACCAGACGCAGUGGAGUUACAACUACGGCAUUAUGAUCGGUGGUGCGGCUUAUAUGUACAACUACACCAACGGCUCCGCCCUCUGGCAAUCUCGAAUCGAAGGCUUCCUAAACCACACAUCGUACUUCUUUCCCGACUACAACUCAGGCGUGAUGACCGAGGUCUGCGAGCGCAACUACAAAUGCAACAUCGACCAACCCUCCUUCAAAGCGUACCUUGCGCGCUGGCUCGCCGUGUGCGCGCAGCUCGCACCCUUCACGUACGACCGGAUCCUGCCGCUCCUCCAGCACUCCGCCGUCGCGGCCGCGCAGUCCUGCGACGCGGGGAACCAGUGCGGGAUGCAGUGGUACGUUAAGGGGUUCGAUGGUCACGGGGGCGUGGGCCAGCAGAUGAGUGCGUUGAGUGUGAUUUCGGCGAAUUUGAUAGGGGAGGUUAAAGGGCCGUAUACGAAGGAUGAUGGCGGGACGAGUAAGGGGAAUCCCGCCGCGGGGACGGGCGAUGAGGAUCCGACAGUUAGGGACGAUAGGAAGGCGACGACGGCGGAUAAGGCGGGCGCCUCGAUUGUUACGAUAUUGGUGGUGGUGUUUGUGGUCGGGGGUGGGUAUUGGUUGGUUUUGGAGUGAAUGGUGGUUUGAUAUAUGGAUGUGGGAGGAGAGAGAAAGGAGAGGAGUGGUGGGAUCUCGAUGGUGUUUUCAUGGAUGUAUGAUAUACUUACUUACCU